CCUCCGCCUUCUGUUCAGCCGGCGAGGCUCUGUGACCACGCGAUUUUCACAAUGUUGGGUGGUGGACAAGUCCUUGUUUUAAACCAGAACAUCAAGAGGGAGUCUGGCCGUAAGGUGCAAACUGGCAACAUUGGUGCAGCUAAGACCAUCGCAGACAUCAUCAGAACAUGCCUUGGACCACGAGCAAUGCUGAAGAUGCUGCUGGAUCCCAUGGGGGGCAUUGUGAUGACGAAUGAUGGAAACGCCAUCCUCAGAGAGAUCCAGGUGCAGCACCCGGCUGCCAAGUCCAUGAUCGAGAUCAGCCGUACGCAGGACGAGGAGGUGGGAGAUGGAACCACCUCCGUCAUCAUCCUGGCUGGUGAGAUGCUGGCGGUGGCUGAGCAGUUUAUUGAGCAGCAGAUGCACCCAACAGUCAUCAUCAGCGCAUACAGACAGGCCCUGGAGGACAUGCUCAACACACUCAAAGACAUCAGCACCCCAGUCGACGUGAAUGAUCGUGACAUGAUGAUUAAGAUCAUCAACUCUGCGAUCGACACCAAGGCCUUGAGUCGCUGGUCAGACCUGGCGUGCAGCAUCGCCCUGGACGCCGUGAAGACCGUGGAGACCGACAACAACGGUCGCAAGGAGAUUGACAUCAAGAAGUACGCCAAGGUCGAGAAGGUUCCAGGAGGCAUCAUCGAGGACUCCCAGGUGUUGAGUGGUGUGAUGGUCAAUAAGGACGUGACCCACCCGCGCAUGAGGAGGCUCAUCCAGAACCCGCGCAUAGUACUGCUGGACUGCUCCCUAGAGUACAAGAAGGGGGAGAGCCAGACGGAUAUUGAGAUCUCUCGUGAGGAGGACUUCACUCGUAUCCUGGAGAUGGAGGAAGAAUAUAUCCAGCAGAUCUGUGAAGACAUCAUCCGCGUCAAACCAGACCUCGUCUUCACAGAGAAGGGCAUCUCAGACCUGGCUCAGCAUUACCUGAUGAAGGCUAACAUCACAGCCAUCCGUCGCAUCCGCAAGACUGACAACCAUCGCAUCGCCAGGGCGUGUGGUGCACGUAUCGCGAGCCGUACGGAUGAGCUGCGUGACGACUACGUGGGGACGGGGGCGGGGCUGUUCGAGGUCAAGAAGAUCGGAGACGAAUACUUCACCUUCGUCACCGAGUGCAAAGACCCCAAAGCCUGCACCAUCCUGCUGAGGGGAGCCAGCAAGGAGAUACUCGCGGAGGUGGAGCGUAAUCUUCAGGACGCGAUGCAGGUGUGUCGUAACGUGCUGCUGCAGCCCUGCCUGGUGCCAGGAGGGGGUGCUGUGGAGAUGGCCGUGUCCCAGCGCCUCACCGAGCGCUCGCGCUCCCUCACCGGCGUCGAGCAGUGGCCCUACCGCGCCGCCGCACAGGCUCUGGAGGUCGUCCCACGCACGCUCAUACAGAACUGCGGAUCAUGCGCCAUACGCACACUCACCUCUCUCAGGGCGAAGCAUACCCAGGAGCGUAGUGGUGUGUGGGGUGUGAACGGGGAGACGGGUGCUCUGGCGGACAUGACGGCUCUGGGCAUCUGGGAACCGCUGGCAGUCAAGGCACAGACAUACAAGACUGCAGUGGAGACGGCCAUCUUGUUGCUGCGUAUUGAUGACAUCGUGUCUGGUCAUAAGAAGAAGGGCGAGGAGCAGGCGCAGGGGGGCCAGGGGGCCGAGUAGACACACACUCCACACACACGCCAGGCGCACCGGCCACGCGUACAUCAUAUCGCCAUAUGACACGCCAUUACCCCUGUCCUCCUCCAAGUAGUCUGGAAGUUGUUGGCAUUACAAUAUACAGGCUACAUGUAGCCAAUUGUCUCUCAUAUCAUGAACGCAUUUUCAACUUGUACCUUCAGUGUUUGUUUAUUUACCAUGAUAUGACACUAGUCAUAUGACCACAAGCGGUUCAGCAAGGCUCUUUCUUUAUUUCUUUCUCUCUCUCUUUCUCUCUAUGUCUGUCUCUCUCUCUCACUUUAUGCCUGUCUUUCUCUUCAUUUACCGGUAUGUCUCUCUCUCUCUAUCUUGUUAUAUAACACUCCAGAUGCUUCCUAAGGGUUAUUCGAAACAAGCCACACGCAGUUCCUCUCCUAAUCCUCAUCUCUGGUUUCUCCCACCACAGAUAUUUUUAUUUAAAUGUAUUUAUUUAUUUUUACCGCUCGACUCAGUAUUCUUUCCCCUGGACCCUCAAUUCAAAGCCAUGGGCCUAUUCUACAAAGCUGGUUCAGGAGAACAUCAGGUCAAGUUAAG